AGUAAAUGUAGCUAAAGAGGAACUGAAAAUUACUCAAUCUCUUCCUCUUAAACUACCGAAGAGAAUAUCUGCUGUUUUGCUGGCAUGUCUGUGACCUAACAAGCAUUUUAAUGCUUGUUUAGGAUUCCUGGUGUCUUGUCUAACCAUGGCGGAGAUUAGUGUUGGAAGAACCCUUCUUUUGGUUAUUUCUCUGGUCAAGUGUCUGGAAGGUACGGAGCUGCUGGCACACCUCAAAAAGUGUGGUGACUUGGAAUGUGAAACUUUAAUCAGCAGAGUCUUAGCCCUGAGAGAUCACACAGGACCUGACUGCCGGUACCUGAACUUCACUGAGGGCGAAGAGAUAUCUGUUUAUGUCAAACUUGCAGGAGAGAGAGAAGAUCUGUGGGCGGGAAGCAAAGGAAAGGACUUUGGAUUUUUUCCCAGAGAUGCAGUCCAGAUUGAAGAGGUAUUCAUAUCUGAAGAAGUCGAAAUGCCAACUAAAGAAUCUGACUUUCUUUGUCUGCUUGGAGAAGGCUACAUAUUUGGAAGUGAACAUAGUGAGUUAAAUAGCGAUGAUAAUGGAAAUAUGUACCCAUCUGAAGAAGAUGAAGACCAAGAAUAUAAUAUAUAUGAAAGUGAUUUUCAGCUGGAGCCUGACUUUUAUUCAGCUUCUGAAGGGGCUUUGUUUGAAGACCAAAUUUCAGCCUCAGAAGCUCGUGAAGAGUUCAGGGUUUCCAAUGAGUCUGAGGACUGGGAAGAGGCUGGACGUGCGGGCAGUGGGGAGCAGGGUUACACUCCUGACCUAGACCAUGUCUUGCCAUCCCUAAGAACGUCUGAGAUGCAAGGAUGGUUAGGAGUGGGGAAAGAAGAAGCUGAAGAAAAGGCUUUUGAAGCACAUACUGAACCCAUACAAGGAAGCUCAUUUCAGAGUAGAAAAUUAGCAGUGGAAGAGAAUGAGCCAGAGAAAUUAAACAAUGGUGAACCCCAAAUGGAACUUGAGCAAGACUCAAAAUCACAGUUUGAUUCAGAGACACCAGAAUUCAGUCCAGUGCCAGAGGAGCAGUACGAACUAGUGUCUGAGUCAGAGGACAUCCUCAAGCCUCCGGCCACUGGCUGGUUUGAUAGUGGAUUUGCAAGUUUUUUGGGUUUUGGAGAGGAGGACACGGUGCAUGAGUUAUUGUCCAAAGAAAGCAAUUCGCCAUUACAAGAUGUUCCCAAUUCUGUUUCACCCGAUGAAGAAGCCCCAGCUCCAAGCAGAGAAAUAUCAACAGACAAGGAGGAUACAGUCAUUAAUGACAACUCAAUUCCCAGUCCGUCUUGGUUUGACUUUAGUUUUGGUAUGCUAGGCCUCGCAUAUGCUGAUGAAGACAAAACCAUUUCAAAUAAUGACCAGGAGAAGCGAGAAGAUGGUGAGGUUGAUAACCACGAACAUCCUAUAGCAAAUGACUUUGACCCCAGAAAGGAACAAGAAAGGAGAAUGAUAACACUCAUGGAAACAGAAGAUCAGGUAGGUAAGGAAAGAGCCCUGGAGAAGACAGAUAAUUCCAAUUCUAUGCAGUACCUGAAGAAGUUCUUCUAUAACCCUUGGAGUUUCCAGAGUCUCCCAGAGGACACAGAGCUACCAUUUCCCACACAGAUGCAGGAUCAAGCGAAUAGCGUUGAAAAUGACGAAACUGAAACACUCUCCACUGAAAAUUCUGCUGCAGAGAGCAUGAAAGAUCCCGUGGUGCUGGAGGACAGAGACAGCCUGUCAGAUAUGGCCUCUGAAGUAGAGUUGCCUAUGAUAGUCCAUGAAGAAAUACAUUUCAAAACCUCAUCUUCGAAGAGGAAUGAGGAAGAUUCAGAAUCAUGGGAGGACCCUGAAGGGCCUGCUGUGGCAGAAACUGACAUGUCUUUGGAAGGUGCCUUGCUCGGUAGUCAGCUGGUUUCUCAGAAAGAACAUGAUGGACAGUUUCAGAUUCUGAAGUAUUUAUUUCAAAUCGAUGUCUAUGGCUUCAUGAAGUUUGCUUUUAUAUCAACUGAAAUUCUUAUAGAAAGGGUUGUGGCAGCAGUGCCUGAAGAUAUGACAGCAAGCUUUGAUCCUAGUGGGGCAUCAUUGGAAUUGGUGACAUGUGUGCUAACCCUUGGACUGCUUGCUAUUGUCUUAUUUCUUUGGAGAGGCUUCAGAUCAAUUCAAAGCCGAUUUUAUGUUGUAAGGGAGAAAAAACUGGCUCUCGAACUUUCUGUGCUACUGAAAGAGAAAUGUAAACUACUUGAACAAGUGAGCCUUGCUCAAAAGGAGUAUGAAGGCUUAGAGUCAUCUUUAAAGGAGGCCAACUUUGACAAGGCGUCAACAGAAGCACAGAGUUUGGAGUUUGUUGAAGGAUCACAAAUAUCAGAGGCAACCUAUAAAAAUCUAGAAAGAGAUAAGUCUAAACUUGAAGAUGAAAUACUACUUUUAGAGAGGAAACUCGAAGAAGAAAGAACUAAGCACCAUGAACAAGAUGAAUUGAUGACAGACAUUUCCAAAAGGAUACAAUCUCUAGAAGAUGAAUCAAAGUCUGUCACGUCACAACUAGCUGAAGCUAAAACUACCCUUAGAAUAUUUGAAAUAAAUGAAGAACGACUUAAGGGAGUAAUAAAAGAUACCUUGAGUGAAAAUUCUCAACUUCAGGAAAGCCAGAAGCAGCUCUUACAGGAAGCUGAAGUAAUGAAAGAAGAGACUGAUGAACUCAAUAAACAGAAAGUAACACUUGAAGAAUCCAAAGUACAAGCAGAGCAAGUCCUAAAUGAUAAAGAAAAUCAGAUCAUGUCUUUGAUGGAGAGCCUGCUAAAGAUGAAAGACUGGACUUCCUUGUUUGGAGAAGAUGUAACAGAUGAUGGUAAUCUGGAUUUAGAAGUCAAGAGUGAUUUAGAAAAUGAUGUGCAUGUAGGUAACCAGCCGAAGGGAGUUUUGAAGAAGCUAAUUUAUGCUACUAAGUUAAGUGCUUCUUUAAAAGCCUUGGAAGGAGAGAGAAACCAAAUUUAUACUCAGUUAUCUGAAGUAGAUAAAACAAACGAUAACCUUACAGAGCAUAUCAGAUGUCUGGAGUCUGAGCAAGCAUCUCUGCAGUCAGCUAACUCAGAACUUGAAAACCAGAAACAGAAGCUUCAGCAGAAACUCACAGUGAUGACGGAGCUGUACCAUGACAACGAAAUGAAGCUUCACAGGAAAUUAACAGUAGAGGAAAACUGCCGAUUAGAGAAAGAGGAGAAACUUUCCAAAGUGGACGAGAAGAUCAGUCAUGCGACCAAGGAGCUGGAGACCUACAGACAGCGUGCCAAGGAUGUGGAAGAGGAGCUGGAGAGAACAAUUCGCUCUUAUCAGGGGCAGGUUAUUGCUCAUGAAAAAAAGGCACAUGAUAAUUGGCUGGCGGCUCGUACUUUGGAAAGAAACCUCAAUGAUUUAAGGAAAGAAAAUGCUCUCAAUAGACAAAAGUUAACUGAAGCAGAAUUUAAAUUUGAACUUUUAGAAAAAGAUCCUUAUGCACCUGAUGUUCCAAAUACAGCAUUUGGCAGAGAGCACUCUCCAUAUGGUCCCUCCCCACUGGGCCGACCUUCAUCUGAAACGAGAGCUUUUCUCUCUCCUCCAACUUUGUUGGAGGGUCCACUCAGACUCUCACCUUUGCUUCCAGGGGGAGGAGGAAGAGGCUCACGAGGCCCUCAGAAUCCUCUGGACCAUCAGAUGAACACUGAAAGAGGAGACUCAAGCUAUAACAGGCUAUCUGAUGCUCCCAGAGCACCUUCUGACAGGUCCCUGUCACCUCCAUGGGAACAAGACCGAAGGAUGAUGGCCCCUCCACCUGAUGGGCCAGUAUCCUCGAAAUUGGAAUCCACUAACAAUGAUACCAAAAGUGACCUUGGGAACUCCACUGUGCCCAACACUCCUGCUACUGAAUGUGAGACAGCUGGCCCUGGCUUCAUCCCCCCUCCAGUCCCCCUGGUUAGAGGCCCCAGAGGCCCUCCAUUUGCAGGGGAUCCAAGAAGCCAGAUGAUGAGAAGGGCCUCCCCAUUCCCGCCACCUCCUCCAGGAAACAUCUAUGGAGGUCCUCCAGAUUAUUUUCCACCAAGGGACUUUGCUGGACCACCCUUCCCGCCAUACCCAGGGAGAAAUGUGUACCAACCGAGGGGCUUUCCACCACCUUACCUUCCCCCAAGAGCUGGGUUCUUCCCCCCACCCCCACAUCCUGAAACUAGAAAUGAGAGGCCCCCAGAUUUGAUUCCACCUUCUAAACAACCUGCACCCGAACCUCCAGAAACACAGGAGACCUGACAGUUUCCUUGGUGGUCAUUUCUUCUCAUUUUGCGGUUUAAGUAACUGCUGUUACUUAUGUGAUUAUAUUUUUGCUCAAAUUGAAGCUUAAUGGAAUUAUAAUUCUCAGGAUAGUAUUUUGUAAAUAAAGAUUUAAAUAUGAAUCUUAUGAGUAAAUUAUUUCCAUUUUAUUUCAUUCUGAAUAGUAUGUUUUACUUUGAGUACCUCAUCCAUAAUUAUGGUAGUUUUAUACAUGUAAUCUUAUAGUUGGGGAUAUGUUAAUUCCAAUAGGUUGUGUGUUUACACCAGGAAUGUGUUCACAAUGGUUGUAGACAAAUGUAAAGGUACCUGUAUGUUUAAUCAAUAAAUUUUAUUUGAUUUAAA